GUGUAAAUGGGUCGUUCGAACGAAUUUCUUGUCAAAAACGUGAGGGGCACACACAAAUGCCGAUUACCAACACACAACUCUCUUUUUUUUGCUAUCAUUGUCCUUACAAACAAUAAAUCCCAGUUUAUUUCGACGUAGGAAGAACUACUCUUUUUUAAAACACUAAACACGCCUGUAAUCGUAUCCUAAUAAGCUACCUAAAAAAGUCAACAAUUCUUUUGCGAGAGCUACUUUGAAACUCUCAACAUGGCCCAAAACGUAUGGCACUGAGAACGAGCGAGGGUCGAGAAGGAGUAUGUUGGGUGGUUGAUUAUGUUCCCAGUUCCUUCAGUUGCAAGUAGUAGAUGUUUAGAAGUUUUUUUUUCAGAGGAUGAAAGAUGGAAGCAGACAAGCAGAUGAUACCAUUUCCAUCGUCAAGGGCUGAUCCUGGCUUGAUUCGCCUCCUCCCCCUGUACCACUUUCUACAGAAUCCAUGCAGGGAAGUCGUCCACAAGAUACUUGUUAAUGGUUUCCAGACAUCACUCUUCAUCCAAGAGAAUUUGUCCUCUCAGUGCGCAUCAAAACCAAAAGCGAAAGUGACAGUGAACACCCCCCUCCACUCUCUGCUUUACCAAAUUCAGGAGUUGGGUAACAGUCAGGAACAGAAGCACAAAAGAAAGAGAGGAAACGGAGGAGACAGCAAGCAACAGGCCGAGUCUCGGUAUCUGCAAAGAAAUCAUAUCCUCCAUGACAUUAAGACGAAUGAAGAAAUUCUCUCGCAAAUGACAGUUCAAGAUCUGUUAUCUCCAAGUGAAGAAGUUUUCACGAAACUGAAACCCCUGGAUCUCAUUUUUGUUAUAAAUUUGAUUACAAAUGAUAUUCUUCAUUAUCAGUUCCCAGACUAUGUCUUGGCCUCUCUUUUCAAGUUGAAAGAAAUCCGAACCUGCCUCUAUCAUCCAAGAUUUCAUUUUAGUAUUGAAGAAUUUGAGGAAAAGCUGAACUUGUUGUACGAAUUGGUUUGUACAUUAUGUAAGUACCUUCAGUAUUCUUCAGAAGACCAGGAAAAAAUUAAUUAUCAGCUACACAUGUGUCAUGAAAAGGCAAGAUUAAGUCAUCAGAUAGCAUCAGAUGUAUUUGAGGAGUUAGUGAGAGAAGUCCAUCAGUAUUAUGCCCCAACAAGUUGUUACAUUGUACCCAAGAUUAUUAAGCAAUCGGACUUAUCUGUGGUAGAAGAUCUGGGAAGGUUGAUUUCAAACCAGAAGAACCUGACAUCUUCCAGCAGAAAGCAGCCUAUUUUGCUCUGUGGACCAUGUGGCAGUGGAAAAACAGCCACACUCCAGAAUUUAGCCUAUUCUUUAAGUCGAGAAACAGCUGAGGGAAAACCAUCGCUGGUGUUGUAUCUUCGUGAGUGCAGUAGUUGGAAUAAGCAGAGUGUAGCGGGAAGGAAAGAAGCAGAAGACUUUUGGGGGAAAGUGUAUAGGUGUAUUAGACAGUUAGCACCGAACACUGUAAAUAGAUAUGGGGUAGAGGGUGUAGGUGUAGUUAUAAACCUUUAUAUUGAUGACACUGUGUUCUUAGUUGACUGGGAGCUGGACAUCUUAGACAAACUUUGUAGUGAGAUGCAGAGGGGUUCCUGGGUGCUUGCUUAUCAGAAAACACACUUCCACUCUCCAGAUUGGUGUAUUCUAACUAUAGAUGCAUUUGAAGAACCUCAUAUACUGCAGUUCCUGGAAAAGUAUGAAAUGCUGCAUGGCACAAAUGUAAUAUCCCUGUACAAACAGUAUGAUUAUUGCAAUAUUCUGGCAUUACCAGAAAUGCUUUACAUUUUUUGUGAAAUGAAUGCUAAGCUUAUAAUUGAUUCAGAUUUUGAAAUGAUAAACCAUUUUGUGAAGAAAAAAAUGUCAUAUACUUGCAGUAACAACUUAGAUACAUUGAGUGAACUUGCAUUUGUCAGCAUUUGCAAGAAAAGAUCAUCACUGUCAGCAAAAGAUAUUAUUGGUGUUGAUCAAGAGUUUUGUAAAUUAUUUUUAAUUGAAUACAUGCCAAAAAGUUACCGGUUCAUCCACCAAAUUGUACAAGAUUUUCUUGCAGCAAGAUAUGUUGUACAUAAUCCAAACAAAGCUUGCAAGGACUGGUUGGAUAAUAUCAGGAAUUUUAAGAGAGUAUUUAGAUUUGCAUGUUCAACGUGGAGCCAGGAUAGAAAAUCUAUUGGGGAUAAUAUAGACCAUAUACAAACAUUUUUAUUGACACUUUUCUGCAUAAAUAAGACAAAAUUAGGCCAGAGUCUUAACAAAAAUGGUUCGUCUGGGACUGUAGAACCAAUGUAUGUUGAUGAGGAGAGUAGUAAAGAGAAAAAGAAGUGGAAGCAUAAAAAAGUUUUUGAAAAUCCAGUUAAAGAUCCAUUUACUGAGUGGGACUUUUUGAUUCAGUUAGAUGAUGCUUGUUCUGGACAGAGAGAAUGUCUAAGCCUCUUUGCAAAAUUGCUAAGUUGUAUUCCAUAUUGGGACUUCAAAGUUGAUGCCCUUAAUGAAAGGAAGUUGAGGAGAAUUGAUAAGAUAUUGAACAAGGUUAUGUUGAAUGACAGGCCACCAGUAGUCAUCAGGUUAGAAUGCCUUACUAAUAUUGACUUGUUAAUUGAAUUAUGGAACAAGCUAAAGAAUAUUAAGGGUCUACACCAUCAGGCACAUGUAAAGAUUCGAAUAAAAAGAGAUACGGUAAAGGAUCUACGACCUCAAAAACUUGCAGAAGUACCAGAAAGUAUUGUAGAUACAGACUGUGCUUUUUACAUAAAGGAGUUUGAGGGUCCUCUGUUCUGUUCUGGUAUACCUGAUGUUUUCAAGUGCAGAAGUUUUCAGAAGCUGGAAAAUUUAGAUGUAAGUUUGUAUGAUAUUCCCACAUUUAAGGAAGUGCUAUUAUGUGAUAAACUGCCAACUAUGGAAAGUGCAACGGUAAAACUGUUUUUGAACACAAGAGACAUUGAUUUCUCUAGUGUCUCAAACCUGAAAUUACCAAAGCGCAUGGACCUGAAACUUAUUUUGAGAUAUUUUCCUAAAAUCCAGAAAUUCAUAAAUCAGCUAGAAAACCCUCUUUAUCUUUCAUCACUAAGCAUUCAUGACCUCUGUGUGUCAGAUAGCUUUAAAUUAGAUUUGUCUCGUUUUGAAAAAUUAAAAACCCUGUAUCUCAUAUGCAAACCAAAUCAAGACAAUCAAGCAGGUGGUAAGAAAGCCAGUGUAGAGAGUCCAGAAGCAAUGAGUAUUGACAAUUCAGAGUUAGAAACAUGUCCUAGAUCUAGUUGGAUGUUUGUUAUGAUGAUGAACUUAAACUUGCCCCCUAAACUUGAGAGGCUGAUGCUCAGAAAUAUGGAUUUUUACAAUGAUUCUAACAACUAUCUGUUACUGAAUAUUUUUAGCAAGUGCAACACAGAACGUCUCAUGAUAUUAGAUUCCCAGGUGACUCUAAAAGGUGUUAGGAAGGUACUGAUUUCACUCACUACAAAUUUUGACUCAGUUGAGCAGCUUGAGUCAAUGACAAAGAAAAUGAGGAUGGAGAGAGAAAAUGCUAUUGAAGCUAUCACUGAUUUUGCUAAAAAGCCAAGACUCCCAAAAGAGUUGAGACUGAGGAGGCAAAAAAAUAAGCCACCAGGUAAGGAGUUGAUUAUAACUUCAAAUGCAGGACUGUGUAGUGCUUGCCAAAACUUUCCAUGCAUUUGCCCUGGACAAGAAAGUGAGGAUGACAGAGAAACUUUGGAAGACGUGGUAUGUUUGAUUGAGGAUAUAUAUUACUAUGACAUUCUUAGUUUCAGUUUUGUCAGUAAUCUCAUUACUAUCAGGAAGGAUCUGUGUGGAGAUCUGCGAGUGACUUGCACUCUGACAGAACUAACAAAUGCAUCCCUCAACCUGACUGAUCCAUCAAGCCAGUUGUUCAAACUCUUUCAUAGACUGGCAGUGGCCCAAUCCAUAUACUUCAGACAAACCAAACUGACUCAGGAAGGCAUUAUUACUCUUAUCAACCAUUUCAAGGGGAACAAGAAGUCAGUCAGUGAUGGGCUUAUUGAACCUUUUUCAGUGACAAUAGGGUCAACCUACCACUAUACGGAAGAGAAAAAUAUGAACACUUUCUUCAAGUUUCUCUUAAAUGAAAAGUGCCUGGCAUCUUUCAAUUUUUGGUGCACAUGUGAUGAUAAAUGCUACUGGAUAAAAAAAACAUAUAAGGGACAAAUUUUUUAUAAUAAUAAGCUACAAAACAUUAAGGACUUAGAAGAAGAAGCACAGUGUUGAUUGGCUGAAGCAGCGAUUGGUCCCAAGUCCAUAUUAUAUCUGUCUGUUCCUAGUCAUUUUACAUAUAUUUUACUCAUCAAUACACAAAGCCACUUUUCAUUACACACAUGUAGGAAAUAGCUUACUGAUGAUGCACUUACUUAUUGAUGCAUACAGUUAGGAGAAAGAGGGAUACAUUAUUUUGAUUCUCGUAUCUUCUUUAUAGAGCUUUAAAAAAGAAUUUGUAUGACUGUCAUACAGAAAUUAUUGUUUUGUGUGAUUUUAGGAUUUAAUGAUGUAUACAAUCAGCCAUUUUCCAUUCUGUUGUUCUUUUUUGUUUCUCUCUCUACUCUUUUCUCUUCCCUGAUAGCCUUUUGUCUUGUCUUAUCUCAUAUCUCAUAUCAUCGUCAAUAGAAUAAGGCAGUAUCAUCAUUCCUGAUAUUCAGGGAAAGUAAAAAAGUGUAAAACGUGCUGUGAAAGAUUUUUUCCCAACUAAUUUGAUUAUAUGUUCACACACUAGGAUUGUACUGUAACAUUGAUUUACGUGAUAGGCUAUCCUUAAGGUUGAUAAUGAGACAAUGGUUGCCAAAGUUAGCCCCUUUUGUUGAUAUGUUCUGAAAUCAUAGGCAUCCCCUGUGUCGUGGAAUGCCUGUAUUUCCAAAAUUUUCUGUGAUGGAGUAAUUAUGCAACAGUGUAGCCAUUCUGGCUGGGCAUGUGCCCUCUCACUCAUUAGAGCAAAUUAAGACUUGUAUACACAUCAUCCGUCAUGAUAGCAAGGAGAGUGCCCAUGACUAAGGGGUUAAUACUGAUUUCAGCAGUUUUGAAUCUCCCCCCCCCCCUCUCUCUCUCUCUCUCCCCCCUCUCCCUCUCCUCCUCUCUCUCUCCCUCUCCCCCU